CCGGCGUAGAAGUGUUUCUGCUUUUGCUUCCCGGUUCAGUGCUCGCGCGACUCAGUGCGCGGCCUUCGCAUAAGUUUGGAACUGAUAAUUAUCGUUCGAAACGGAAGAUUAGUACGCAUUAGCGAUGUGAUUAGUGAAAGAUUAAACGUGAAAAAGAAACAUUUAAACAAAGCGAACCAAGAACAUCCUGCUCCUGUGAGAGGAGCUGAACAUUGAUAUUAGAAUUGGUUGUGUAUUCAAUCGUCGUAGUUCUAUGUUAAAGAGAGAUAUCUGUACCGAACGUGAAACGUCAAACUACUGCGGUGUGUAAUUUGUGAAAAGAACAGUGGCCGCCCCCCCAAAAAAAAAGGGUGAACGUUACCGAAGCUAAGCACGUGCCCGUGACGGCAUCCGAUUGAGUCAUCUUUGGUGUCGCAGAGCCAAAACGCGCCAAAAUGAAUAGCAUAGUGAAUCUGUUCAGCAAUUUUAGGGAAUUCUACAGUGAAAUCAACGGGGCCACACUGACCGGCGCCAUCGAUGUGGUCGUGGUGGAGCAACCGGACGGUUCGUACCAGAGCUCACCGUUCCACGUACGGUUCGGCAAGCUGGGCGUGCUACGCAGCCGAGAGAAGGUGGUCGAUAUCGAGCUUAAUGGCGAACCGGUGGAGCUGCAAAUGAAACUGGGCGAGUCGGGUGAGGCAUUCUUUGUGGAAGAGUGGGACGAUGAUGACAGUGAGGUGCCCGCGCAUAUGGCCACCUCACCGAUACCAAGCCAUUCCUACCUGAGCAACUACGAGGGUGACGGCGCAACCGGUGCUGGCCCAUCGGGUAAAGGAGCAGCCGGUAGCGAGGCUGCCGGUGGUUCCGUGGGGCCGGUGCAGCACGCCGAAGGUUCGGUUAUGGUAAUGAUGCCCCUGGGAGGAAUGGGUACAAAUGAUGUACCCAUGGUUGUCGUCGGCGGUCUGGUGGACACGGAAGAGUCGAUGCCACGGCCUCGCCGUAAUUCGGUUGAUCUCUCGAACGAAAUGGCCGAUCUCGAGCGGGCCAAAUAUGAAAACCAAAGAUCCGAGUACCUCAAUCGGAGGCAUACCGAUAAUGUUACCAAUAGACCGGACUUGUCGCUGACGAAGAAGGAGUACACGAUGCAAAAGUUGCGCCAGGAAUGGGAAGCCGCUACCGAAGCGGAACAGGAACAGAUCUUUCACAUGGAAGGUCUAGACGAUGGAGCGCCUCCGGCUGACUGGCAGAACAGUACGCUGCUACCCAGCGGUGAAGCUGCAUCCGGUGACGUUCCGAGCCAGCUCCGAGAGGAUAAGCAAUUUAAGCCCAUCGAUGCUCAGCCAACCACCGGUGCUAGCGGCGAGACACCGGAGAUGCCUUCAACGAUAGCCGGAUCGGAGUUGAUGGGUGAUUUGGCCACCGCAGACAGUGGGCUGGAUUCGAAAUCCAAGAAAAAGCGCAGGAAGAAGUCGAUUUUGAAAAAGAAAAAUGCUCAAAGAAAAGGCUCGACCAGCAGCAGCUCCGGUGGCGGCUCGAAUCAUUCAGACCAGAACGAUGCGGCGGAAACGGACAGCUUAGCAACAACUGCCUCCCAAGCCACGGUGUCCACGGGUAGCAGUGGUUCCGCCAACGUAGCUACCGGUGGGAUAGAUCCCAAGGACGACGACACCGGUUCCUCCUCGGUGGCCGCGAAAGAAGACCGCGAGUCACUAAAGACGAACGUGAUGGUCCUUGCCACACCACACCAUCAUCACCCGGAGCUGGAUAUUCAUUUCUUCAGCGACACCGACAUCGGCAAUGGCACCAGCCCACAGCAGUCGCGCCCUUCAACGCCCAUCCAAAGCGACACCGAGUUCGAGAUUUCACAGCGCGAAAAACCGGAAACGGAAGACGAAAGGUUGCUGUAUGAUUCGUGGAAAUGGGGCGAGCUACCGACCAAGCCGGAAUCGAAAGUAGGCGAUCUGGAGGUGGCAAGCAAGCAAGCCCAGCACAACUCCAUGCUGAACGGUCUGAUGAGCUUCAUGAAGUACAACAACAAAAAGAAACGGCAGAGUGUCCCGGACGGACUGUACCUGUCGGAUUUGGAUAAGCUGCGAGAACCGGAGAUUGCUCAACUAUACUUUCCACCGCUCUCGAUUCGGAAGCAACAGCAGCAGCAGCAGCAACAGCGCGGUGGCAGCGCAGACGAAGAAGAUCGUGAAAGUGGCAACGGAACAUCGAUACCUCACAGUCCCACCUCAAUGGAGGAAGGUCCCGGUGGCUUCAAAGGUUUGGAUUCCGAUUUCGAUGAGCAUCACAACACGGAAUUGCAGCGGAACCGUGCAGAAGGAGCACAUUUCGCGGGCGGCGACGGCGGAGAUCAGAGAGCAGUCGAAUCGAUUGCUUUGUCACUCUGUGGUGGUUUGGACGCUGCCGAUGGCCCAUCGGACGAACACUUUGAGCGCAAUCGGUUGCAGUACUCGAAUGUACUCGCUGAUCCUGCAGUAUUCGGGGACCCCGACCUAGUGGUCCGGAUGAACGGCAAAUACUACAGCUGGGCGGCCGCCUGUCCACAGGUCAUGACAUUGCUGGCGUUCCAAAAAUCGCUUCCAACCGAACUGCUGGACGGGAAGAAGGGGAGCUCCAGCUCCGAUCCAGAGCAGACGAAACCGGACGAUGGGACAGAAAUCGAUCCGAGCGACGCGAACAAAUUGCAGCAAAUGCCACAAGCUCAACAGGCAACGCAGCAAAACGUAGCCGGUGGCCGAUGGUGGUACUGGCGACGUUCGAAUGAAUCGAAACCGCCUCCGGCGAGUGAUUCGCAGUUGCAACUAACUCCGACAACACCGACCGGGACCGAUGGCAAUUUAAAACCAUCGACGGCUGUUGCAACGCAAACCACUCGUUCCAACUCGCUGGACGAUGGUAAUGAAGCUGAUCCGAGUGCCACGGCAAUCGUGGGCGACAAUGCGAUUCCGUUUGGGGCAGGAGUGGGAAAAACCGUCGAUGGUCAUAAUGGUUCUCUUUCGUCCGACGAUUCCGAGCUGGCGAUGAACAAAACGCAACCGGUCGCCAUCGUACCGGGAGUGGCGCCCGAUGGCAGUGUCGACAACAGUAUGGACAAGUUGCUCUUUUUGGGCGGAGAAAAGUAUCGCAAAACACUGCGACUGUCGACGGAACGUAUUAAAGCGCUCAAUCUGCUGGACGGUAUGAACGAGGUCGUGUUCAGCGUAACCACGGCGUACCAGGGCACUACCCGUUGCAAGUGCUACCUGUUCAAGUGGAAGCACAGUGAUAAGGUGGUGAUCUCGGAUAUCGAUGGAACGAUUACGAGAUCGGACGUGCUCGGUCACAUUCUCCCGAUGGUCGGUAAAUCGUGGGAUCAGAUCGGCGUCGCCCCGUUGUUCUCCAAGAUCGAGGAAAAUGGGUACAAGAUGCUGUACCUUUCGGCUCGUGCGAUCGGUCAGGCGAAAACCACUCGCGGUUACCUGCAAUCGAUACGGCAGGGUGACGUGAAGCUUCCGGAUGGCCCGCUACUGCUCAACCCAACCUCCCUCAUGUCCGCAUUCCACCGGGAAGUGAUCGAGAAGAAGCCGGAACAGUUUAAGAUUGCCUGUUUGAACGAUAUCCGCGAGCUGUUUCCGGAGAAGAAUCCGUUCUACGCGGGCUACGGCAAUAGAAUAAAUGAUGUGUGGGCCUACCGGGCUGUGGGUAUCCCGACAUCGAGAAUUUUUACCAUCAACCCGAAGGGCGAAUUGAAGCACGACCUGACCCAAACAUUCCAAUCAACUUACUCUAAUAUGGCCUACAUCGUCGAUCAGCUAUAUCCACCCAUUAAGCAUAUGGAGGAAGAGGACAAUGAGUUCACCAGCUUCAACUACUGGCGUGAGCCGGUCCCCGACAUUGAUUUUACUACUGCUGCCUACGAUUCUCCGUCUGGAGAUGCUUCCUCAUCAACCGCCGCUUCCGGUGUGCCAACGGGCAAGAUAACACCAACGGCGACGCUGAUCCAGCAAGCUCUGCCUACCAUUCCUGAGAACUAAGCGUCGACGGAACACGUCGAUCGAUCACGCUACAGCUACAGAGCAUCAACAUGGGUUUAGGAGGAAACGUAAAAUAUUAUAAUAGCGUUCGCGAUGAUUAAGCUGUGUAGCUUCGAUGAUAUUCAACGCUUUGCCACCGCCGCAACGCUUAGUUUACGCUCCCGUGACUAGAGGGAGAAAAGGCAAGAUUUCUCCGGCGCCCAUCCGUACCGUUUUCAUACGAGCGCAGUCAGGGUGCAUUCUAGUUUGACGACUUCGGUCGAGUUCUGAGUCGUGUUAAAAGUGGUUCCGAAAAAUAGGCCAAGCAAAUUAGCGACAAAACAUUGAUGUAAUACGAGGAAAGCCUGUGCGAUCUAAGCAAUCGCGUGAUAAAGAUGGCACGUAAAAAAAAGGAUAACUUGUUCUGUAGAAGCUUACGAUUAAGGAUCUUAGCAACAGCUGCUUUUCUAUGCGCUGUUAUGGAGCCGCCACGCAGAAAGGAGAAUUGUUCCGAUGUUUGGUCUGUUUGCUUGCUCUACAAUAUUCAAAGUGAAUUAUGUGAUAAUUUCUAUUUAUUUUUUUAGCCUUUGAAGUGCUGAUAAAUUUAAGAUUUCUUUUUUUAAACAACAGCAAAGCAUGUGUUACUCAACGUGUUGCAUGAGAAAUUUACUCGACACAUCGGGAAGAGACAGUUAAAAGCCAAAACCAGUUUGAUAGGAAAAGUAGCUAGCACUUUCCUAAAUGAGAAAGCAACGCCACAAGGCAAACUCGCAGAAUGUUUCGUUUAACUUUAUAAAAGCAAUAAAGCACACACACAUCGAAAAAAGCUAAGGACAGGUUCUUUUGUUUCAAUUAGCUUCUUUGUAAUUUUAUUGCAAUUCAAGAAACAGAACGUCGGGCUGAAAGUUGUACACGAAAACAUUAGCAAGUCGCAUCGCUUUUGCUGGAACAAAUGUAGAACGAUCACAUUAUCCAUAUCUAGCAGGCAAGUGAAAAAUAAAUCGCAUUGCAACGCAUACCAUAC